CAGCAGCAAAUAGCAAUGAACCGGUAUCGAUGGAUGAGCUAGUAGACACGUCGCAAUUAUACACACAGUCCUCGUCCAGGUCACCAUCGCCUGAAGAAGAUGCUGACGAACUAGAUACCCGAUUAUCCCGUGACCUGUCUCGUUGGCAGCGUGUCCCCAUCGGUGCAUUCCGUUUAAUGCGAUCCAAAAACAAACUCUGGCUGGAACGCUAACUUUGUAAGAAAGAAGAAGAAAAAGUGGUAGAUCAUUCUUUUUCUUCCCACCCCACCCCCUCCCCAAUCCUCCCUUCCCCUUCCUUGACGUAUUACUACUA